GCAAGAACAGAGGAAGAUUUCUGAUCACACUGUCAGCUUCUGGUCCUGUGGAGCUGAUUUAAAGAAGAGAGAAAUGCUCCUGCCCCAGAGAUCUCUGCAGACAGUUACAUUUUUGGCAAUUCUUUUUUUUGCCUGUUUUGCGAUGGGCCAAGACCUUGAAAACAGGAGGGCACUGACCGAGCACCAGCUCCUGCACGACAAAGCGAGGGCGGUGCAGGGGCUGAAGCGGCUGCUGUGGCUGCAGCACGCCCUGGGUGCCGUGCACACCGCCAGCAGCAGGGAUGUCCCGCUCCCGAAUGCCAGCUGGGACCCGCAGGAGAGCCAAGAUCCCUCCGAUUUCAACAGCAGCCACGGAGAUGAGGCUUCCAGCCUGGCAGAAGUUGGCAGUGAUCCCCAUUCAGCCAAAGCCCCAGACACCCACUUUGUUCUGCUGGUGGAGGAGAUGAGAAUGAGCUUUCAGGGUCCCUCUUUGAGCCUUUUGUUCCACAGCUCCUUUCCUCAAGUGAAAUCCUCUCCAAGAGCUCCCACAGCAGCAGGAAAACGGAUUCAUGAGGCCACCUGUGUUUCCUGAGAGGUACGACUGGAUUUUGCUGUUCAC